AUGCCAUACUCUCCUCACGAAACGCGUGAUCUCGUCGGCUACGGCCGCACGCUUCCACACGCACAGUGGCCCAACAAUGCACGAGUGUGCAUCUCGUUUGUGCUCAACUACGAGGAAGGCGGUGAGAACUCGCCGUUGGAAGGCGAUGCCCGUGCCGAAGCGUAUCUGACAGAGUUUGGGCCGCCUAGUGGCCCACCGCCGGAGGGACUUCGGAACCUCUCCAUUGAGUCCUGUUAUGAAUAUGGCUCACAUCGUGGUUUCUGGCGUGUGCUUGACCUUUUCCGCGAGCACAAUUUUGUGUUUACGUCCUGGUCGGUGGGUCGCGCUGUAGAACACAACCCGCAGGUGGUGGGCGCGAUGCAGGAAGCAGGCUGCGAGGUCGCUAGCCAUGCCUACCGAUGGAUUGACCACUCCAAAAUGCCAGAAGAAGAGGAGCGUGAGCAUGUUAACAAGGCAAUUGAUGCUAUUCAAAAAGCGAGUCCUACGCACCAGCCACCGAUCGGCUGGUACACGGGUCGUCAAUCACUUCAGACACGCCGAAUUGUGUACGAAGAGUACAAGAAACGGGGUCUACACAAAGAGCUGUAUGAGUCUGAUGCCUAUGAUGAGGACCUGCCUUACUAUGUGCCUGCGCCAGAUGGCACCAUGGGUGAGCAUAUGCUGGUCAUUCCGUAUACACUGGAUGUGAAUGACAUGAAGUUCUGCAAUACGCCAGGGUUCUUUAACAGUGAGUCAUUCUACCAGUACAUGGUCGACGCAUUUGAGACCCUAGUCAUUGAAGGAGCUACGUCGCCACGGAUGAUGUCCAUUGGUCUCCAUUGCCGUAUUGUCGGGCGUCCGGCGCGUGCGAUGGCACUGCGCCGCUUUUUGGGCUAUGUCAAACGCCGCCAGGCCGAGCUGGAGGCAGAAGGCAGUGGCGUCUGGGUUGCUACGCGACAGCAGAUCGCUGAGCACUGGCGCAAGACACACCCGCCUACUCAGUGA